CAGCCUAUUGGGGUUUUGAAUCGUAUCUUUGCUUUACCCAUGCUUGCUGUAAGAAUUUUUUAUCCCUUAGCUGGCAGUUUCCAGAUGGGUCUCCUAGCUGCCUCAUGACAUCACAUUGGCUAGGUCCCAGUGACUUGGCCGGCAGGCAUUGUUCUUCUGUCAUGACAUCAUUGGUCUUGGGAGUUCAGCUGGAAAGAAUCUAAUACACAAUCUUGUUCAUAGAAUGCAAAGCAAAAGAAAGCCACUUGGCACAAAUCCCCAAACCAGAACAGGAACAAGUUCACGUACAUUAUGGCACCGGCAGUUGCGUUUAGGAGAGCUUUCAUCUCCACAGUCACGGCUUUUCAAUAUCAAGUUACAAAUAGUUGAAACUGAAGAAUUAUUUUCGUUACCUGAAUGUCAUCGCGACUUAAGUAUCGGUAAACUGAAGGGUCGACUCGAGCUUUUUGUUGGGAUCCCAGUGAAUUUCCAGCGAAUUCAGUACCUGGAUGAAGCAGAUCUUGAUGAUGAGUCUACUUUGAGGAAACAUGAAAUCGUCCCUGGAGCAACUCUCACUAUGAGAGUUUGGCCAGAAGAUUCUUGGGGACAAUUGGUGGCUGCAGCUGCAAGUGGAAAGAUCAAGAGGUUGCAAACCGUAGGAGUUACACAGACCUCCUCCUUCAGCACUGCAAAUUCGAAGCUGAUGACGGAAGAAACAAGGAAUGACUGGUUAGCGCAUCGAGCAUUUGUGGCUUUAUUUAUGACUGCUCACAGAGGCCACACGAGGGCCAUGGAAUUUCUGCUCCAACAUGGUGCUGAUGUAAAACUUAAAACCCCACUGGGUAGGACAGCCCUCCACGUUGCUGUCACUUCGGGCCAGGUUGAAUGUAUCAGUACCCUCCUUGAAUAUGGAGCCAGGGCCAGUGACGAGGACAAUGAAGGACACAACGCUGUACAGCUGGCCCGGCUGUGGAAACAGAGAGAGAGCGAAAGGAGGCUCUUCCGGCACAGGUGGAUGGUACGAACAGGGAGCAAAAGGCAGAUAAAGGAUCUUUAAAUAUCCCCUUCCCAGACUCUGGUAGACCAGCUAUGUUUCAACAAAGUUAUUACAUUCCAAACCAUCCAUAUUGUGUCUUGAAUUAUUACUGAAUUGUUCACCCUGGUUCUUUAUGGCUUCAGCUAACCACUAAAUCAGGGGGCCUUCCACUCCUAAUUUUAAACUAUAUCACUAACCGAAGACAAAUCUCCUUUUUUGAAUAUCUCUUCCUGCUUGAACAAUUGGAGUGUCAUUCUACCAGUGUCCACCAGAGGGAGCGCAAAGACUGGACAUCAAUCCAUAAACUUUUUUGAUAUACACUUGAGAGCAGGAAAACCUUCAAAAUUUGGCAGAACCAAGUUUGGCUGAAGAAAUGACAAUGGCACUGGAACAAAUGAAUCCAGGUUGUGUUCUGGAUUUUAGCUACCAAAUGAUGGUUGUAAUCACAGGGCAAAGCAAGAAAUAAGGAAGACCUCUUUGGCUACCAUGCUCUUGUCUCUUACUUCAUAAAAUAUUCAGGUAUAUCUCCAUAUAACAUAUAUACUAUUUUGUAAGCCCAAAUGUAAAAAUGUCCAUAUGCCUUCUGUGAUUUGUACAGCCUGUUUUCUUCCUUAAAAAAAAGACACA